AGUCAUACAACACAGCAACAUGGACAGAUUGUUUAGUUGGGACAGUACUGCGGCGGCGGGAAACGCUGUGAUCAGUGAGUGCAUGCUCCAAGAAGCGGUUAAGGAGGAAGGCGAGGCUCUCAAGUAUUCUGAAGUAACUCGGCUGCGUCUGGAAUUCAAAAAUAUUUUCAAGAUAGAGCACUUAUGGGAGUUCACCUCUCUAGUAAAGCUUCAGAUGACUAAUAACUGCAUAGAGAAGAUUGAGGGAUUAGAGAUUCUAACAAACCUGGAGUGCCUUGAUUUGUCUUACAACAAAAUCAAAGUGAUUGAGGGACUAGAUACACUUGUGAAGCUUAAACAGCUGAAUUUAUCCAUGAACAACAUUUCUGUCAUAGAAAAUAUGGAUACACUGGAACAUUUACAACACCUCUCUCUUGCUCAUACCAGAAUCUCCCAGCUUGAUAAUACUGUGGAGUACCUCAGAAGAUUUAAGAACCUGCGCUCGCUUCGCCUGGCCGGGAAUCCCAUAUCCAGAAAGACAAACUACACGCUCUAUAUAGUUGCGCACCUCCCAGACUUGCUGUACCUGGACUUUAUGAUUGUGGACAAGCAAACUCGAGAGAGAGCUUUAGACGAGAUUACUGUGACAGGAUCACUGGGUGAAUUAGAGGAGGAUACAGAAAUUAAGGCUCAGACAAUUGCUAAGCAGGAGCUUCAGCUGCAUAGGGAUGCAUUUGUGGAGGACUUGAAUGGGCCACAUCCAUUUGGCAGUAUGACUGUUGAUGAUGGUGAUGAAGUGCCUGAAACAAUGGAGUCAUAUGAACUCAAAAUGAGCGAAUUAUGCAUGCAGCUCUUUAAUGAAGGUUUAACCCAGCAUGCUCAGAGAAACAAUGAGGUGGACUCUUUCUUCACCUGCUAUAGAGAAGCUGUGUCUGACAAUCAGCAGAAAUCAAAUCAGAUAGUCACUGACUUUGAGGAGUUUAGGAGGCAGGCGGAGGCAGAGAUGCAGGAGUUAACUGACUCAGAGCUGGUGAAGAUCCAAAGAGAUAUUGUACGUGAUAACAUGUACCAAGUAAAAAGGAAACUCAUGAUGCUGGAGAUGCAGCUUUCGGAUAAUCUAGAGGACAUCAGCAACGAAUUUGAAAGGAAAAUCUCAGAUCUGGUUGAGGGCUUCAUUGAAUAUGCGCAAGAGAUAUUUGACCAGUGCAGAAAGUUGGCCAUGCACGGGGAAAAGAACAACCACCUACUGAAGAUAGAGGAAAGGAAAAAUGAGCUCAUCAACCGUAUCAAUAGCUGGAAGACUGCACUGAUUGAGAAAAUUGAGGAUGAGCAGCUGAAGCGGAAGUACAAGUUCAUCUCAGAGAUCGGUCACUAUAUUUAGUUAAUAUUGAGCAAAACCAAAUGAAAUAGAUUAUCGAUGGCUGUUAAUAGCUGUUAAAAUACAAUUAGAAUCAGCUAAGGAACAGCCAAAAAAAAAAUAAAAAAAAAAUAG